AUGUGGAAUCUAGAUGAGGAGUUUGAUUGCAUUGAUUUGGGACAUGAUUUUUAUGUUGUUAAAUUCUUGAGCGCAGAGGAUCUCUUGACGGUGAUAACGGCGGGUUCUUGGAAGAUUAUGGAUCAUUAUCUUACAAUACAAAAAUGGAAGCCGAACUUUCACCCGACUAUGGGAACGAUUGCAUCCAUAGCAGUGUGGAUUCAAUUGCUUGGUUUACCUUUGGAAUAUUUCAAUGAAGAAGUACUAGUUAAAGUCGGGAAGCUUGUUGGUAGACCCAUCAAAUUGGAUUCUAAUACAGUUUAUACUACGAGGGGGAAGUUUGCAAGAAUCUAUAUUGAAAUUGAUCUGUCCAAGCCUUUGAUUCCAUCAAUUAGAAUUGGUAAUUUCGUUCAAAAUAUUGAAUAUGAAGGGCUUCAUAAUAUUUGUUUUUCUUGUGGCUGUUUUGGACAUCGCACAGAGGCUUGUGUCUUGAAAAAAAUGGUGACUGACCUUGAAGAGUUGUCGGAGGCGGUACAAACGAAAAAUACAAAGGCAACAAGUGAAAAGACGGACAAGGCGACAAAAUGA